AUGUCCUGCCAGGGGAUACGGAAAUGUCAGUGCCUGUUCCUCACCAUCCACAGGCAGAACAAGCGGUGUUUCUGCAAAGCCAAGGAAGGCGUUUCUCCAGCGGGGCCGCGUCGGGCAUUGUCUGGUGCGCCGAGGAAGGCCGCGAACUACAUCUCCCAGGCGCCCCGCGCCCCGUUCCGCGCCCCGCGCCCCGCGCCCCCGCCCGCGCGGCUCCUGCUGUGGUGCCGGAGCGGCCUCGGCUCGGUCCGGAGCCAGCCGGAGUCACAAUUCGAAUCGGGCGUGGGAAGCCCGGGGGACCACGCGGCCAACCCUGGGCGGACCUGCGCGCCGGAGACGGCGUCCCCGGGAGCCCCCAAACGCUACCCCGCGCGGCCGCCCGUGGCACUGCAGAGGCCUGCAGGUGGGGAGGCGCAGUGGCGGCCGGGGCGACGGCCUAAGCACCACACUGCUGCUGCGAGACUUUGGGGGAUCCCCACUCCCCUCCCAGGAUCCUUCCCACUCCCCUCCCAGGAUCCUUCCCACUCCCCUCCCAGGAUCCUUCCCACUCCCCUCCCAGGAUCCUUCCCACUCCCCUCCCAGGAUCCUUCCCACUCUCCUCCCAGGAUCCUUCCCACUCCCCUCCCAGGAUCCUUCCCACUCCCCUCCCAGGAUCCUUCCCACUCCCGAGACUGCUUCUUCUGCCCCCUUGAUUCCACGCGCCUCAGAGACCCUCCCUCUGCCGUCCCGCGAAGGGCGCGCCCCUCCCCUUGCAAGGUGGGUUUCACAUGCGCUCCCGCCGCACGCACCCUCCUCUGCCCCAGGGUUUCCUGCAGGGCCCUCGUGGUUUGGCGCUGCCCAUGCAUUGCGGGAUCCCGAGCAGCACAGCACCCCCGCCUCUACCCACCAGGCACCAGUGGAACACUCCUGUAGCCCCAGCUACUCAGGAGGCCGAGGCAAGAGGAUUGCUUGGGUCAAGGAGUUCAAGACCAGCCCUGGGCAACAUACCAAGACUGUUUCUCUACAAAAACUUAAAAAAAAAAAAAAAAAAGGCCGGGUGUGGUGGGAUGCACCUGCAGUCCCAGCUACCCAGGAGGCCCAAGUCAGGGGAUCACUUGAGUCCAGUAGUUCAAAACCAGCCUGGGCAACAUAGCAAGUCUGCCCCCUGCGGCCCCAACCACCAAAAAAAAAAAAAAAAAAAAAAAAGAAAGAAAAACAAACCAAA